GGAAUCUCUUGGGGCAAACAUGGUACUUCUACUGCUCCUGCUGGUGGUCAUAGUUUUGGCCACUCUCUGCUUCCUGCUGCAGCAGCAUUAUGCCUAUUGGCGGCGUCGAGGAGUACGAGAGCUGCGACCCCACUGGAUAGUGGGCAACCUGGCGGGACUGCUGAGCAUGAGGGACAGUCCGGCGGACUUUAUGGGGCAGCUGUACAAUCAUCCGGAUGCUGUCAACGAGCCCUUUGUGGGCAUACACGUGUUCCACCGGCCGGCGCUGCUGGUGCGCGAUCCCGACCUGAUCAAGCGCAUCAUGAUCAAGGACUUUGGCAAGUUUUCCAACAGAUACUCCAACUCGGACUUUAAGGGCGAUCCGCUGGGAUCGCAAAACAUAUUCUUCCUGAAAAAUCCGGCCUGGAAGGAGGUGCGCUUCAAGCUGUCGCCCUUCUUCACCAGCAACAAGCUGAAGAACAUGUUUCCGCUCAUCGCGGAGGUGGGCUCCAAUCUGGACGCCUAUCUGCGGGAGCAGCCGCUGCACAACGAACGGACCCGCUGCUUCGACCUGGAAGCCAAGGAGCUGUGCGCCCUCUUCACCACGGACGUGAUUGCCACGGUGGCCUACGGGGUCCAGGCCAAUAGCUUCACUCAGCCCAACGGCGAAUUCCGCAGGCACGGCCGAUCCGUCUUCGAGUUUAGCCUGAAGCGGGCGGCGGAAUUUACGCUGGUCUUCUUCCUGCCGCACCUGGUGCCGCUCUUUGGCUUCAAGGUGGUCCCCGCGGAGGCUACGCGGUUUCUGCGCAACACCAUCAACUAUGUGAUGGCCGAGCGCGAACGGUCGCAGAAGACGCGAAACGAUCUCAUCGACAUCCUCAUCGAGUUCCGCCGCAGCACACAACAGGCAAAGGCUGCUGGGGAUCAGGACCAGUUUGUGUUCGAGGGCGACAUCCUGGUGGCACAGGCUGUGCUCUUUUUUACCGCCGGCUUCGAGUCCUCCUCCUCCACAAUGGCCUUUGCCAUGUACGAGCUGGCCAAGGAUGCCGACAUUCAGCAGCGUCUGAGGCAUGAGAUCAAGGAGGCGCUGGUAGCCAGCGGAGGACAGGUGACACUUCAGCUAAUCGACUCCCUUGAGUAUAUGCAGAUGAUACUGCUGGAGGUUCUGCGCAUGUAUCCGCCGCUGCCGUUCCUGGACCGAGAGUGCACGGCCGAGGACGAGGACUACUCCCUGUUGCCGUAUCACCAGUUCCGUGUGCCCAAGGGAAUGCCCAUCUACAUACCCUGCUAUGCCCUGCACAUGGAUCCCCAGUACUUUCCACAGCCGCGAAAGUUUCAGCCAGAACGCUUCUCGCCCGCCAACCGAAAACUUCAGACGCCCUACACCUACAUGCCCUUUGGCCUGGGUCCGCAUGGCUGCAUCGGAGAGCGCUUUGGACUGCUCCAGGCCAAGGUGGGGCUGGUGAAUCUGCUGCGCAAUCACCAGGUAACCACAUCGGAGCGCACUCCGCGGCGCAUGAGGCUGGAUCCCAAGGCAAUAAUACUGCAGGCCCACGGCGGCAUACACCUGAGGCUCGUGCGCAAUCCUUUGGGCAUCUAAUGCACAUACAAUAGAUGACUCACCUAGCUUU